AUGCUGUCAUUUUGCUGCCCUGUUGCUCGCGCCUCGCACACGUUCCACUCCACAGAGACCCUCAACUACUGGAUCUCGUGCGGCAUCAUGACGUGCUUCCCGUUCUGGGGCCCAUGUUGCGCGCUCUUCAUUGCGAACUCUUGCACGCCGAUGAACAGGAAGCUCGGUGGCGAGGAGAGGAACGUGGUGAUGAGCCUCAUCUGCACGUGGUGCUGCCCCUGCUGCGUCAUCGCGCAAGACGCUGAGAGCAUGGACCUUCUGGUCGGCGUGAAGACGGGCGUGUGUGGCGUGACCCAGGCCGAGGACUGA